AUGAGAUGGGUUUUUUGGCUGCUGGCAGCUUCAUUUUUGACUCAGUCUUCAUUUGCAGAAGAGUAUUUAAUUAGGUUUAAGACACCGGAUGCUUUUAAAUUAUUCAUGAAUUUUAAAUCGGCUAGGUUGCAGUCUAUCAAGUCGUUCUUUGACUGUAAGGUGCGCCGGACAUUUUCUUUUGGUUCGUUUCGGGCUCUUUCGAUUGAUGUGCCCAGGGAUCUGGUCGACAGGAUUCGGCGCAGUCCUUUAGUGGCGGAAGUAGUUCCUAAUAUACAGUUUGUUGCAUACGAUGAACACGAUUUUGAAGGGUGGAAUUUUAACUCUAGAUUUAUUAGACGUCAACGAGGUGCCCCAAGGCAUUUAUCGCGACUAUCUCGUCGUUCUCAGUUGCCGUACGAUUUUGAGGAAGAGGAUGAUAAUUAUGAAGGCAGUUUUAAUUAUUAUUACGAUAAUAAACAUCGAGGUGAUGGGAUCAAUGCUUAUAUAAUCGACACGGGUAUUUACAAAGAGCAUGCGGAGUUCGGCGGAAGAGCAGUUUUUGGUGAGGAUCUAACGGGCGAAGGUCCAGGUGAUGGAAACGGUCAUGGUACACACGUAGCAGGAAUCGUCGGUUCGAGCAAGUAUGGAGUAGCGAAAGAUAUUACAUUGGUGGAAGUGAAGGCAUUGACCGCAAAGGGUCAGGGAAAUUUAACCACGGUGAUCAGCGCAAUGGAAUUCGCCGUCAAUCAUUGCAGAUCAUCGGAGGGGAAAGGUUGCGUUAUCAACCUAAGCUUGGGAGCUAUAAGAAAUUCGGUUAUAAACCAGGCUGUAAAGGCGGCUCACGAGGCAGGAAUUGUCGUUGUAGUAGCAGCCGGCAAUUCGAAUAUCAACGCCUGUCUAAACAGCCCCGCUUCAGCGCCCGAAGCCAUCACUGUUGGUGCUUUCGACGAUAGAACAGACUCAAUUGCUAAAUUCAGUAAUUGGGGUUCCUGUGUCGACAUUUUUGCCCCAGGCGUUAGAGUCAAAUCGCUGGCGAGUGCGCCACAUCUCAAACCAAUUCUCUUCUCGGGAACUUCAAUGGCUUCACCCAGUAUCACCGGCCUGGCAGCGAUCCUGCUCGAUGAAGGUGUACCAUACGAUAAGAUCAAGGAUUAUAUAUUGAAAAUGGCUACCAAUGACGUUUUUCAAAGACGAACGCUAGUGUUCAAACCCGGGACUCCAAACCGUGUGGCAUUCAACGGUGUCAAGAAGAACGAUGAUAAGUUCAGCAACGCCGUGUACCCCGUAGUAGAUCUCGAUCUUUUAAUCGAAGAUUUGAAAGAUAGUCAAUGA